CUGACGCGGUAACAAGUAUAAUGAUGAGGGUGUGUCUUACAAACGACCGAGAUUUAUAGCAUCAACCUUCUGUAUUAAACUCACUUGUCUCUCACUCAACGGCGCAGCAAUAAUGAAGAUCUUGUUUUUAAUGUUUUUAUCCAUGUUCGUCACUGGCGGUGUGUUUGGUGUUGUUCCCGAUGGAGUGAAGACUGUGAUAGAGGGAGAUUCUCUCACUCUACAGACUGAUUUUAUUGAAAUGCAGAAAGAUGGUCUAACAGAGUGGAAAUUUAACAACACUAACAUCGCAACAAUCAAUAAAGGAACUGGUAAAGUUGAAUACAGUGAUGAUAACCUGAUGAUGAUGUUUAGCGGCAGACUUAAUCUGGAACAAACUGGAUUUCUCACCAUCUGGAACAUCAGAAUCAAACACUCGGGAGAAUAUAAAGUGGAGAGUAUCAGCAGCGUAGGGACCAAAUCCAAGACGUUCAAAGUUAUUGUGAAAGAGUCUCCACUCAAAUCUGUUGAGGAUAAAGAUGAAAUAAAGGUGUUGUCAGCCACGAAGGGAAGUUCUGAGACUCUACACACUGAAACUGAACUACAGGAACAUGAUCUAAUACUGUGGAGGUUUGGAGCUGAAGGAUCUCUCAUUGCUAAAGUUGAUACAGAAGACAAUCACACAUCAUACUAUGAUGGUGAUGAUGGGAUGUUCAGAGGCAGACUGGAGAUGGACAGAAAGACUGGAUCUCUGACCAUCACAGACCUCGAAACUGAACAGACCGGAGAAUUUAGACUAAAGAUCAUCAGUGACAGAAGGAUUGUGUUCAAAAGAUUCACUGUUACUGUCUCUGUACCAGGUCUGUCUCCGGGUGCAGUAGCAGGAAUAUGUAUUGUUAUUCUGCUGGUCGCUGCAGCAGCUGUUGCUGUUGUGGUUUAUUUUCAAAGUGAUCACUAUAAAGCAAAAAAACUCAUGUCGAAGAUCUCUAAACGGCUAGAGAAAAUGAUGAAGAUCUCUAAACAACUAGAGCAAAUGACCAAGACCAGUGAUAAAGAACUGGCCCAGUUCUCUGAAAAACUAAAGAAACUGAAUGAAGCAGAUGUGAGUGAAAAUGAAAAAUCCAAGAUCUCUGCACAACUACGGCAAAUGUCAAAGGGCUUUAAAGAUGAAUUAUUGAAUCUCACUGAACGACUGAAGAAAAUGGAUGCACAGAAUAUCCCAGAACGACUGUUCGAGUUUUCUGAACAAGUAAAGCAAAUACAUGAUGUGGAGACCUCUGAACAGGAAACACGUGAUGAUGUCACACCAGCAGCGACUCCGACAUCAGAGAUCAGAGAAGGUGAAGGGAAACGGUUCAUUUUUGUUGAAGAGACUGCCAUAAGUAAAGCGUUUGGUGCUGAUAAUAUAUUGAGAGACAGACAGGGCAGGAAGAGCAUUGCAAUCAGAGCUGAAGAUGAUGAAGUUCAAACACAUGAUUUUAUAGAUGAUUUGAUGAUCUCUGAACAAGAAACCUGUACCGAUGACACACAAGAAGAGACACCAAGACCAGAGCUCAAAGAAAGAGAACGUGAACGGUCAAUUUGUGUUCAAGAGACUCCCAUAAGUAAAGUGUUAGGUGAUGAUAAGAGAUUGAGAGACAGACAGGGCAGAAAGAGCCUUGUAAUCCGUAAAACCAAUCCUGAAGAUGCUGAAGAUGGUGAGUAG